GCCAACCCAGGCCCCGCCCCCCAGGAGGGCCCUUCCGGCACAGCGGAACUCCGGGUGCCGGGUGAGGUUGCUGGAGGACCUGCUCGGUGGUCUCGAAUGAGGCCCCAUGAGCGCGGCGCCCCUGGUGGGCUACAGCAGCAGUGGCUCCGAGGAUGAGUCCGAGGACGGGAUGCGGACCAGGCCGGGGGAUGGGAGCCAACGUAGUGGCCAGAGCCCCCUUCCCAGGCAGAGGUUUCCAGUACCUGACAGUGUGCUAAACAUGUUCCCCGGCACCGAGGAGGGGCCUGAAGAUGACAGCGCCAAACAUGGGGGACGGGUGCGCACCUUCCCCCAUGAGCGGGGCAACUGGGCCACCCACGUCUAUAUACCAUAUGAAGCCAAGGAGGAGUUCCUGGAUCUUCUUGAUGUGUUGCUGCCACACGCCCAGACAUACGUCCCCCGGCUGGUAAGGAUGGAGGCGUUCCACCUCAGCCUGUCCCAGAGCGUGGUUCUGCGCCACCACUGGAUCCUCCCCUUUGUGCAAGCUCUGAAAGCCCGCGUGGCCUCCUUCCAGAGAUUCUUCUUUACUGCCAACCAGGUAAAGAUUUACACCAAUCAAGAGAAAACCAGGACCUUUAUUGGGCUCGAGGUCACUUCAGGGCAUGCCCAGUUCCUGGACCUGGUUUCAGAGGUGGACAGAGUCAUGGAGGAAUUCGACCUUACCACUUUCUACCAGGAUCCUUCUUUCCACCUCAGCCUGGCCUGGUGUGUGGGUGAUGCACGUCUCCAGCUGGAGGGGCAGUGCCUGCAGGAACUACAGUGCAAACCCCUGGGUCCCAGAUGCCCUUUCAUGUGACCGUCCUCCCUGGCUGCUGUUUUAAGGCAAUUGUGGAUGGGUUUGAAGAUGCUGAGGUGCUGCUGCGCAUGCAUACUGAGCAAGUCCGCUGCAAGUCUGGGAACAAGUUCUUCUCGAUGCCUUUGAAGUGAGCACCAGAGGCCUUCCUCCUCCAAGCCCUUCUGCAGGCCAGGCUGAGAUGGAGGAACCCCCUAAAAUCGAUGGAGAUGCUUCUAGCCUCCCCCUAGGAGGCCCCAGCCAUGCGUUCAGCCCCUCCUCAUCCUCCCUGAGUGCUGAUCAUUUCUCUCUCUCUCUCCUAUCUUUUUUCUCCUCUCUCUUUCUCCCUCUCUCAUCUCUCUCCUCACUUGGCUAUCGUGGGUUGCUGAUUGGGUGCUGCUGUGCUGUGGCCCUUCCCAGAAACUGCCAGUAGAGGGCAGCCUCGGCAUCCUAAUUCUUACUCUGUGGUUGUUUUGCAAAGAAAAUAUUGGGGUCACUGGCGAGCCCACCCACACUCGCCAGAAUCUCCACUGUAGCUCCUCUAACAAACAGCCCUUCACUCCUUCUCCCACUUCCCCUGCUUUAGCAAUUUGUAUUUCGAUGCUAUUGGCCUCAGAUCAGUUUUUAAAAUCAUCAUGCCCUGACUUAUUCCUGGUCAAGCCAGGACAUGGGGUGCUUCAGUUGGUCUGUCAGCCUCUCUCCUUGAACAUUACUUUUACUCCCACCCUGCUUCUGUGCCAGCAGGGGCCACUUCAGGGCCAAGGUAUGGGGUGAUAAUUUGUGGUCCAGCAUCAGUUUUCUCCACUCCUUUCUUCCACUCGCCCCCAGCAAGGUGCCUGGGAGAGGAGCAGAUAUUUCAUUUUGGCCUGGUCAGUGGCUGAAAGCCAGGCCUCCAAUGCACUGUGACCUCUCUAGCAGCUUUCCCAGAGAGGCAGAGGAGCCUUUCACAGCCGGGGUUCUCCUGCUGCUGCUGCCUCCCGCCCACUGCAGCUGCAGGCGUUCUGAGGGGCAACAUGGAGGCAGGUUUUUUCAUCAAACCUUCCUCCUGGCAAAGGAACAGUCAGUCCUCUCCAGGUGUCUUCUGUAUUUCUGGUGAUGGAUACAGAAAUCUUCUUAUGUUAUAGUUUUUAAUUAUGUUCAACAAAUAAAAAUUGCAUUUUUUAUUUUGGA